CAGGGCGAUGUUAUGAUAAUGGUGCGGUAUUAAAACUGUCACUUUCUAAGGUGAAGGAGCAGCGGACGUCCAGGUUUAGCAGCGGAAAACGGCCUCUCUCUGUGGUUUUGCCCGGAUGUCUACCAACCACCAUGGCUAAAAGUUAAAAGAAUGAAGGUGUUGAACCUGUCUUUUGCUGCAUGUGGCUUCCUGGGCAUCUAUCACCUCGGGGCUGCAGGGGCCAUCCUCCAACAUGGGGCCAGGCUCCUCCAAUCCCUCAGAGCUUGUGCUGGGGCUUCAGCCGGGGCCUUGGUAGCUGCAGUCAUGGUUACAGCUCCGGACAAACUAGAGCACUGCAAAGAGUUCACCUACAAAUUUGCAGAUGAUGUGAGAAAGCAGAGGUUUGGAGCUGUCACACCAGGCUACGACUUCAUGCACAGGCUGAGAGAGGGGAUAGAGGAGAUUCUGCCCAGUGAUGCCCACAGUAUCGUGGCUGGCCGCCUUCACAUCUCCAUGACACAUUCUAAAAGCGGCAAAAACAGCAUUGUGACCAGAUUUGCAUCAAGGGAGGAGCUCAUAAAGGCUCUCCUGGCCAGUAGUUUUGUGCCUGUUUAUGCUGGAGUUCAACCUGUGGACUUCCAAGGAGAGAAAUGGAUCGAUGGAGGGUUCACCAACAGCCUACCCAUUCUGCCAGAGGGACGCACCGUUACCGUAUCCCCUUUUGCUGGGCCGCAGGAUGUGUGCCCCAUCCAUAGAGGGCGCUCCGAACGCCAUCUCCGACUUGCUAAUAUGAACAUAAUGCUUUCCAUUGACAACAUCAUAAGGCUGAACCAGGCCCUGUUCCCACCAUCGACGAGCCGUAUGCACAUGUUAUGUCAGGAGGGCUUUGAUGAUGCAGUCAGGUUUUUGAAGAAAGAGGCCUGGAUGUGUUAAGCUCUGGGUUAAGUGUGUUGAUUUAUAGUAUUUAUGUAACAUGUAACUUUAACAGUAUUGGUUUUUUUUGGGGGGGGGGGUUGUGCAAAUUAAAUUCCAAGAAAAAUGGCUGGUAAAGUUCUUCUAAGUUGUUGAAUCAAUAGACAGUUAAAGCUAAAAUUCAGAGGAUUGUUGUUUUGUUUUACCUACUAAUGCCCGAGUGUAUUUUGAAACUGGUUAUUGCAUUGGUUUUUGGCCUCCAACCUCAUUUCUGAAGUAGAGUUGCCAUUGCUCCUUUGUCAACACUUUUUUUCACUGUUCACCAAAAUAAUGUGGUUGAAUUAUAUAGUGGAAAAGAUCUUUUGCGCUUGGUCUACCAGCUCUUCUUUUGUUAGCCACAACAACUUUGCUUUUUCCUCAAACUUGCGAAACAACUGCCUUAGUCUUUGGCUGCUAUGGUGAACACAACACAUGAUGCGCUGUAAUUGUUUUACUCUGAAAAGUAUUCAUUAAAAUGAGUCAU